GCAGUUCAUCCUGAAGACGCCGGGAACAACCGGCUACAACGUCCAUGAACGGGCAAGACACCGUUCCGACGGCCGUCCGUGGGCCGCGUCUGCCUGGUCGUCUCGGAGCAUAAACGCCACAUCCACAAGCUUUCGACUCACACCAGCUGAAAAAAUGACAGCAACAGUGGCGGUGCCAAGCGCGGCGCCAAACGACCAAUUAUGGCCCUCGCCUGGCAGAUGGCCAACACCAGCCCCGCAACGGAAUUACCCGUGCCCCAGUGCUGUCUACCAUGGAAGCGCUCAGGUGACGGGGCUGCUGAAAUCAAAGACUCAGGACUAUGUCUUAACUGGUCGACAAAUUGCGCUCGACUUGGCUGGGGAAGAAGCGCCGGACAGCCUGUUUAACGAGCGCUCUGCCUCAAAUCUGGCUGCCUCAGCUGCUGGAUGCAGCAACGGGCCCCUCAGCACGAUUGACAUUUUGACAACCGCUAGUCUGGUCGUCACAGGCGUCUUCGAUGGCCACGGUGGCGACUGCUCGGCCCGCUACGCUCAGGAGGCCAUGCUGGGCGCCAUCGCGGCCGACCGCCGGCUGCACGCGGGGCUGGGCGGCGGCGACGCGGAUGUCACCCGCACCGCGCUCAAGGCGGCGUUCGCGCGCGUGGACGCCGACCUGCUGGCGCUGCAGGAGACCUGCGAGUGCGAGCCCGCCCCAGCCCGCGGGGAGCCCUCCAGAGGCCAGCACGGCGGCUUGGCCGCGCCCUCCCCGCCCAGCGCCUCGUCCUCGGCUCCGGGGCAGCCGGUGUGUCAUGACGGCACCACUGCGCUGGUGACUGUGCAGCUGGGCGGGCUGCUGGCAGUGGCCAAUGCGGGCGACAGCCGGGCGGUGCUGUGCCGCGAGGGGCAGGCGGUGCGGCUGAGUCGCGACCACACGCCUGCGCUGCGCAGUGAGCGGGAGCGCAUCGAGGCGGCGGGCGGCCAGGUGGUGACAGCGCGAGGUGCGGCGCGGGUGCUGGCGCCGGCGGUGCAGGGCGCCAGCACGGUCAAAGCCCUCAGUGUGUCACGCAGCCUGGGAGACCCGGACUUCAAGGCCACUGGCCUGCUGAUUAGUGAGCCCGACGUGGCGGUGGUGCCGCUGGUGGCGGGGCAGGACUCGUUCCUCAUCUCCGCCAGUGACGGGUUGUGGGGCCUGGUGGGCGACCAGGAGGCGGUGGACGCAGUAGCGGUGGUGCUGGCGGAGUAUGCGCGCAUGUCCGCCACCGCCCGCUCAGGCGCGGCCAAGGCGGCGGCGCGCGCGCUGCUGAAGCUGGCUCAGGACUGCGGCAGUGUGGACGACAUCACAGUGGUGGUGACCGUGUUCGCUUGGGGGGCAGCCAGCAGCGGCGGUUCAGCCUCGGCAGCAGGGACCGCACCUCGGGGAACGUGAUGCCGCAUACAUGAGGAUGAAGGGGCACGGGGAGUAGAACCGAAGUUUUGGACGGAAAGGAGCCGCCAAGCCCUCCAGCCUCGUCUCCAAUCCCCCACCCCCCGUGUCGCGCUGCGCCAUGUUGCGGCACUGGGCUGUGCGGCCGGGGGUCGUGCGGCGGUCUGUCCUGGGGCAGGGCAGUGCGCGCGGCCAUAGGGUGCAACGCGACACCCAGUGUUGCGUGGCCGGAAGCCCAUACAUAUAGAGUACCGGCGUUUUAUUGCGGCAAACGGUGUCUUGUCGAGUCAGAGUGCAGGGAAAUGCUAGUAUGUCUGAAGAGCGAGUGAGCGUGUUGAUGUGUUCUGUGUUUCAUACCUCCACUCAUACAACGGAGUUUGCAUGAAGCCUUCGCUUGCGCUGUAUGACCAUGCCGAUGAUUGCUAUCCUAUGCGGCGCUGGUGGACACAGCAGGCUCGAUUCCCUAUUCCCACGGCGGCAUGUGGUGACUUGCUGGGGCCGCAGGUCCGGUCGCCCUGCAGUCCCAAGGGGGCCGACACUACGUGGCUGUUGGCACGCACCAACAGCAUUGGUGACGUGCAUGCCACAGGCGCUGCCGCAGACAGCGCAGGGGAGUGGCGAGGGGGCAUGGGGCAUUGCCGGCCCCCGAAGCCGGCCUAGCGCGCAUACCAGCAUGGAACAUGUGUGUCAUUGAGUGUCGGCGGUGUGGGUCACGCACGUUUAGUCGGGCGUGUAUGUGCGUGCUUGCGGCCUGUGCAUUGACAUUGGCACUGGCGCUGGCCCACCAAUAUGUUGUUGUGUUGACUGGUGUGGUAGUGAGGGCGCGGACAUGGUGUUGCGGUUCAGGGAGGUGCGGCUCAGGGAGCUGUGCUCCCGCUGCAGGGCAGUGGACGGGCGGGCGGAGUGUACCCGUGCCGGCCAGCGGGGGGCAGCAGGGUCAGCUGUUGCAGGUUGCAGCACGGCUCACAUGGGCGUUAGAGCUUGAUUGCUUUUUUGGCAGCAUGGGCGUUGGAGCUUGAUUGUAUUUUUGGCUGAGCCCCCCCAGCGAAGCGUUCCAAGGGGGGGGGGCGAAGCCCCCCAGGAACACCCCUGUCCGUGGCUGCGUGGCUGCGUGGCUGCGUGGCGUCGGCAAAACUACGGUGUGCGGGCAGCGCGUGACAGAACGGAACAUGUAUGAUUGACAUGUACGCGGACGUGUGGUGACCACCCAAGUUGCGCAGUCACAAAGUAUGCCAGCAUUGCCAAGCAUAGCCUGAUGGAUGUUGGCCAAGAAACGUAUGGUGAGCAUGUGAGCGGUGAUACGAGUAGUAUGGGCUGAGGCCAGGAGCACGUGGCCCUGUGGCGUGUACCUGUGUCCAACGGUGGUGAUGUUGUAGUUGUUUGCAGGAACCGCGAUGUCACCGGCGCGAACCAAAUCCGCCUUCUUCUGAUGCUCAAGCUCAUGGGCUUUGGCCGGCCGCCGGCGCUGUCACGGGAGCACCAGCAGCAGCAGGGGUUCGGGUUAUAAUGUGGGGCGCGGUGUAUGGAGGUGGCAUCCUGUAUGUUUAUCUGGGCGCUUCAUUGCGUCAAGCCAAUCGAGAUUUUUUUGUGCGAGCCGCCUGACCUGACUCCGGUUAGUGCACGUGCUUAGGUACUGUGCCGCAUCGGGGUGCUCGAUGGUGAAAGCUUUUGCUUUGAUUGUGACUUCAAUGGAAGCCCGCUGUGGGGGCGUGGGCGCCCCGGCGGAGCCAUUGGAUCCCCGGUAUCCAAGACCGCUUGCGGGGCUCUGUACCGCAGUACCGGUACUGGAAGUCGCCAACUUUUGAGGUGGACGGUUUUGCUUGUUGAGUUUGUUUAUUCGCAGUUCGCCCUCCACGGGUGCGACAUGCCCCCACGGUAGGCCAUCCGUGGACCGUGGCUCUCGCCAACGCGGCGUCCCCACACGCCUCAACGUGUCACCCUGCGCAUGUAACGUUUCAACGUG